UCAAGGUAAGACAUGCACUUGGCACAGAUGUACUUCUGUUCCUCUGUGGGGGGGCCUCGAUUUGGGCCGUUUUUCAGAAUGUGAGAAAAACCCGUUGCACGAGCACUGUACCGAACGCCGCCGAAGCGCUUUGAUUGGCAGCAAUUUGGCUGCGGGGAAAUGCCACGCUGCAUAAAAGCCGUUCAAAAUAAUGACAUAAUUAGCGGUAAUGACUCGAUAAAAAUAGCUUCCAGCAAAGUUUCAAAACUGAGAACAGAUAAACGAUGAAAAUGAUACACUUGGCAAUCAACUAAAACUUCAUGGAUUGAUUUAAAUAGACGGUAAGUAAGAUGGUAAAAAGAAUCAAAUGUGAUAAAGGGAAGAAAUUGAAGCUCAAAUGUUCAAAUCAAUCUUUUUACCGGUGGGCUCUGUUGGCACAUGUCAUGAAGCUGUCAAGUGUUCAUUUAUGCCAAUGACCACAUUGACAGAUAAAAGUAGGAGACCAGCUUGUGUUGAGCCUUGUGGGUGGGACACACAAGCUUGGCUCUAUACCUUUCAAUGACUUUUGGACUCGCACAAAUUGGAUCUUGAUGCUCUAUUAUGUAUUUUAGUCACUUUGUUUGGAAAGCGGGGUCUGGUGCACUCAUCUUCCUGAUUUAAAUCUGUCAACCAAUAGCCUCUGACCCGCCCGCUCUCAGUAGCUUAAGUGUGUGUGGAUGUGUGUGUGUGUGUGUGUGUGUGUGAGAGAGCUCCUCUGGCUACAACAAGCCAUGAGAAUCCUGUCAACAGGAACUGGCAGAUUUGAUACACGCUCGCUUGUAGCCACAGAAGGAAGCUGAUUAGUGUUGCGAGUGUAUGUUCAGCUUUUUAGCUCCCGAGUGUAAAAAUAAGUUAACUACCCCAAAUCCUUCAUUGUAUGUGAUAGGCCGAGUUAAAGUUAGGUGCAACUUUGCAGGACGGAAAGUUGGCCUUGAAAAUUUGGGGGGGGGUCUUUUUAUUUCUAAAUAUAAUAACUAACCCUUUUUUAGGGGAGGAAAUUGUGCAAUGAAUGAUGUCCAUGUGGUCAUUUCAUGAAAUUGAUAGGAAAUCAAUUCACCACCGUGACCCAAAUAAUCCAAAAUGGCAGAAAGUUAGGGAAAAGACUACACAUAUGACGUCACUGUCAGGAGUGAGUUGGGGGUAUCGACGCCACCUGAUGCGCUCUUUACGCGCACCUGAACGCACCACAACAACAGGUCUGAUAAGUUUUUGGGCGCGUCACGGCUUGCGCCACCAAAAGCAUCAUCACCAAAGAGGAAUGUCAACCUUAGACUAAAAAAAAAAAAAAAACUAGUUUCCAUCCUGUUUUAGAACGGACUCAGCGCAGUGAGCAUAUUUGGUGCGUGCGUCACAUUUUUGCUUGGGACUCGCCGAGGAGGAGCCGAGGUUCGAGCCCCCCCUCCUCAAAUAUAAACCCCCCACGCGACGCCAUAAGAGAACCUGGAUCACGCCUCACCGAGGAGGAGCGAGCGCGCACACCUUCCCGUAGUCCUUUGGAUUGGCAACAACUCGUCUUCUCGCACCAAAUCCAAAGCCGUCUGCCUUUUCAAUCCCAAUUACGCACGCGGUGGUUGAUUGGAAGCGAAAGAGUGCAAGUCUGCAACUUUGGCGUGCAGGCGGCGCGCACAUGGCCGCCCUCAUCAGCGCCUACUCGUCGUGGCCCGAGUCGUUCGAGUGUCCCCCGGCGGACGGCGACGCCACCUCGGCCGCCGACGCCCACAGCAGGGCCGUCGGGGACAAGGCGCCCGAGCCCCGCAUCCGACGGCCCAUGAACGCCUUCAUGGUUUGGGCCAAGGACGAGCGCAAGCGGCUGGCCGUGCAGAACCCAGACCUGCACAACGCCGAGCUCAGCAAGAUGCUUGGGAAAUCGUGGAAAGCCCUGACGCCCCCCCAGAAGAGGCCGUACGUGGAGGAAGCCGAGCGCCUGCGUGUGCAGCACAUGCAGGACUACCCCAACUACAAAUACCGGCCCCGCCGCAAGAAGCAACUCAAGCGCAUUUGCAAGCGCGUGGACCCUGGAUUCCUCCUUGGCGGCAUGGCCCCGGACCAAAACGCCCUACCCGAGCAGCGGGCCCUGUGCCGGCCGCUGGAGAAGGAUGACGGGAGCAACCCGGGGUCGGGGGUCCGUUUCUCCAGUCCCGGCCCGACCCUUCCCGGCGUGCGGAGCUUCCGGGACCCGGCGGCGUCGGGCGGCUUCGACACGUACCCCUACGGCCUUCCCACCCCUCCCGAGAUGUCCCCCUUGGACGCCGUGGAGCAAGAGCACGCGCCUCCGUCGUACUACCCCGCCAUCUCCUGCUCGUCCCCCGCCGAGCACCACCACCCCCAGAGCCACAUGGGUAGCCCUCCGCCGUACCACCUGGACUACGCUCAGACCCAGCUCCACUGCGGGGGCGCGCACAUGUCCCACAUGACCCCCGGUAAUAACGGCGGCCUGAUCCACGGCUCGUACUACGGCGCCUCGCCGUUCCCCCUGACUCACCACGGCCUCCAGCACGGCCACAUGGGGCAGCUGUCUCCGCCGCCGGAGACGCAAGCCCACCUGGAGACCCUGGAUCAGCUUAGCCAGGCCGAGCUGCUGGGCGAGGUGGACCGCAAUGAGUUUGACCAGUACCUCAACUCCGGCUUCCAUCCCGCCGAGCAAGGCGGGGCCGUCACCGUCACGGGUCACAUUCAGGUGUCCGCCGCCAGUACCGCCACCGAAACCAGUCUGAUUUCGGUUCUGGCCGACGCCACCGCCGCCUACUACAACAAUUACGGCAUCUCGUGAAUUCAGGGACGACCGCAAUCAAAGACGCUUACGAAAUGUGACCGUCCCGUUUUCUAGCACUGUUCCUCUUUAAGGUCACGGGGAGAUGGAGGUCAACCCGGGCGGGUUCGGCGAGAGAAUCAUUGGCCACCAGUUAAUCGCAGAACACAUACUGUAUAGACGACAACCAUCCAUCCAUGGUUCUUACUAAGAUUGUCAGGAAUUGGGGCUUACCUUUGGUGAGGGUAGGGUACACCUAACAUGGUGCGCAUUUCCAACCAUCCAUCCAUCCAUCCAUCCAUUUUCUUGACCGCUUGUCCCAGCAGUUUCCAGACUGCUUGGCAAGAGAAGAACAGAUCACAAGGCACUUAUCAAAAACAACCAGCCAUUAUUCAUUUUUACACUUAGGCUAACUGAAGACGUUUGGCAAGAGAAGUGGCCAGUCAAUAACAGCGCACAUUUGGACAAACGACCAUCGUGCGAAAGGUUUAAAGUCCCGAACGGCCGGAACAACACCGCAGACCGACCUUGGAAGGAGCGACGCUAAAACGGGGCACCUCAGGGAAGGCAAGCGGGGCCCUUCCACUUUUGUGCAUUUCAGACACAACUUGUAAAUGCGAAACCACAGAUGGACGUUGUUUGUAAUCCCGGCUCUCGCCGAGUCGCCGCUUGUCACCCCGAUGAGAUUGUAGCCCCCGCUGCGCCCCCCCCCCCCCAUCAAAUGCUUAAUAAUAUAAAUAUUGAUAUAAUCACGUCUAGGAUAAAUGUAUGCUGAUUUAGAGUGUAAUUUAAAAGUGAUGGAUUGUCAUUUCCUGUACAAAGCAAACUUGUCAAUAAAAGCCGAUGGUGGUGCAUACCGGAA